AUGGCCUCCCUCAACCAGUGUCUUGCCUCUCUGGCGAGACUCAGCUUAGUUGCGCCAGCAAGGCCAACAGUAACGCCGACACUACUCAAAUUCCUAGUGCCAUCAGCGACGGCCCCCCUUGUUCGGCGUGCAUCCGGCGGAGGAGGCAUGCGCAAGCGCCCGGCGAAGAAGAAGAAGACAUACAAGAUGUUCCGCUCCUACGACCUAUCGCAGAUAGAACAAUACUCUCUCUGCGAUGCCAUGCGAUAUCUGCGAGCCAUCGAAGUCGGCCGCCCGCCUGCCUCGGUAAAAUACGACCUCGCUAUCAAGAUCAAGACGCACAAGAACGGGCCCGUCCUACGCAACAGCAUCCGUCUCCCUUUCCCUGUCAAGACCGAUACGCGCAUCGGCGUCAUUUGUCCCGAGGAUAGCCCUCUCAUGGUCGAAGCGCAGCAGCUCGGUGCCGUGGCGGUGGGGCAAGAAAGCCUAUUCGAGAGCAUCCGCGAAGGCAAUAUCCCCUUCAAUAAAUUGAUCUGCCACGUCGACAGCCAGGAAGCCUUGAAGCAGGCGAAUCUCGGCAAAAUCCUCGGUCCCAAGGGUCUAAUGCCCAACCCGAAAACAAAGACGAUCACAAACGACCUGAAGGCAACGGUGCAGGAGCUCAUCGGCGCAGACGAGUACAGGGAACGGGGCGGUGUGGUGAGAAUCGCGGUCGGCCAGUUGGGUUUCACGCCCAAGAUGCUGUCUGAAAACAUCAGAGCGCUGAUGUCGUUGGUGAAGACGGACAUCAGCAACGCCGACGAGAACCAUCCCAAGGCGCUGGACGAAGUCGUGCUGAGCUCCACCAACGGGCCCGGAUUCAGCUUGAACGGCACUUUCCACUCGACGGAUGAGAAGGUGAAGCCCGAGGACCUGCAAUCAGUCAUGUAGGCUCAUUGUAACAACGCUGUAUGCCAAUGUACUAUAAUCAUGAAGCCAAGAGCGUCGGUGUUGGAUAUUUGUUUGGGGUAUCUAGGACGGAUAGCAAUGCUCGUGAUGCACCUCUUAUUUUUCCUUCAGCACUUUGACCGCCUCGGCUUGGGCAUCAAGACUCCUGUAUAUCCCGAGGUAUUGGAUGACGCGCCCUUGGCCUUUGGGUCCGGCUUUGCGAGCUUCCUUCAACGCUGUGCUCAAGUCGAGCAAUAUUGUGUUC